AUGAAUGGGCUACGCGUCGAGAUGCGCGAAUGCGUAUCGGAAAAGUUUGGGUGUCCGUGCGACGGCCCCAAAAGUCGUACCGUCGCCUGCCCCGAUUCACUUUGCACCUUUCCGCUCAUCACGUGCGUCGACGGUCAUGCCAAGAAACUGAACCUAACGAGUAAAGCCUACACCUGUCAACCGAUCAUCCCUGUCGUCCAGGACGCGGCUAACCCGAGUUUCAGUUGCAGCAUGAACGAGACGAUUGACUGUCCAAGAGUGCCGGCCACCGGACUCUGGUCGGCAUGGACAAACGUGGCAGGAACAACUUGCACGGCGACAUGUGGAGGGAAAGGGACGAUUCCGCAGAUACGCACCUGUUUGACCUCGGUGGUUCAACCCUGCAGUGGAAACGCAACCAGAACGGCACGAUGUCCGCCACAACCUUGCCCCGAUGGGAGUUGUGCUGCCAACCAAUCUAAGGAGUGCGAUGGCUGGUUCACUUCUGUUUACACGGGGAACUGCUGGAAGCUGCUCGACACCAAAUAUACGUUCGACGAGGCGAAGAUCCAGUGCGAAAGCAUCGGCGCCAUCUUGCCGAACCUCCAUAAUGGGAUCGACGCUGAUGAAUUUGCCGGUAUACAGUUUUUUCUU